CAGAGCGCUGCAUUUCCGUGAGUCUCAAAGCAAAUCUUUCCAAUUUUACCAACCUUCGUUUUAUUUUUAAUCUCUUGAGCUCAGGGUGAACGUAGAAGAAAAGAAGAUGUCGGAUAAGGGGAGUAGCAUGGAUGGAAAGACAGACCUAGCUAAUGGGAGCUUGUCCAGCAGUCCAGAGGAGAUGUCUGGAGCUGAGGAGGGACGCGAGACCUCCUCGGGCAUUGAAGUGGAGGCCUCUGACCUCAGCCUGAGCCUCACUGGGGAUGACGUGGGGCCCAACCGCACCAGCACGGAGAGCCGGGACACAGACACAGAGAGCUCAGGGGAAGACAAAGACUCAGACAGCAUGGAUGACACGGGCCACUACUCGAUCAAUGAGGAGAAUCGCACCCAUGACCGGUCCCACUCGGACGAGGAGGAGGACGAUGAGGAGGAGCAGCGGUCCCGCCGCCGUGCCCAGCGCAAACGUGCCAACCAUGACCAAGACUCCUCAGAUGACGAACGAGCCCUGGAGGACUGGGUGUCCUCGGAGACGACCGCACUGCCCCGGCCCCGCUGGCAGGCAGUUCACGCCCUCCGGGAGAGGGAGCUUGGCUCCAGCUUGCGCUUCGUCCAUGACGCCUGUGGGGCCAGCAUCUUCGUGCAGCGCUUUCACCUCCAACAUGGGCUGGAGGGACACGCUGGCUGCGUCAACACCCUGCACUUUAACCAGCGUGGCACGUGGCUGGCCAGUGGCAGCGAUGACCUCAAAGUGGUGGUGUGGGACUGGGUUAGGAGGCAGCCAGUGCUGGAGUUCGAGAGCGGCCACAAGAGCAAUGUCUUCCAGGCGAAGUUCCUCCCCAAUAGUGGUGACUCAACUCUAGCCAUGUGUGCUCGUGAUGGCCAGGUCCGUGUCGCUGAACUGUCUGCCACCCAGUGCUGCAAGAACACCAAGCGUGUGGCCCAGCACAAGGGAGCCUCACAUAAGCUGGCCCUAGAACCGGAUUCCCCAUGCACUUUCCUCUCAGCUGGUGAAGAUGCUGUGGUCUUCACCAUCGACCUGAGACAAGACCGGCCUGCCUCAAAACUGGUGGUGACAAAGGAGAAGGAUAAGAAAGUGGGUCUCUACACCAUCUACGUGAAUCCUGCAAACACGCACCAGUUUGCUGUAGGAGGCAGAGAUCAGUUUGUCAGGAUCUACGAUCAGCGGAAAAUAGACGAGAAUGAAAACAAUGGCGUGCUGAAGAAGUUCUGCCCGCAGCACCUGGUAAACAGCGAGUCCAAAGCAAACAUCACCUGUCUUGUGUACAGCCAUGAUGGAUCUGAGCUCUUGGCCAGCUACAACGAUGAAGACAUUUAUCUCUUCAACUCUUCUCACAGUGAUGGAGCAGAGUAUAUCAAGAGAUACAAGGGGCAUCGCAAUAAUGCCACAGUGAAAGGCGUGAACUUCUAUGGCCCAAAGAGUGAGUUCGUGGUGAGUGGCAGCGACUGCGGGCACAUCUUCCUGUGGGAGAAGUCAUCCUGCCAGAUUGUCCAGUUCAUGGAAGGCGAUAAAGGAGGAGUGGUGAACUGUCUGGAGCCGCAUCCUCACCUCCCUGUCUUGGCCACCAGCGGGCUGGAUCAUGAUGUCAAGAUCUGGGCACCCACUGCAGAGAAUCCCACAGAGCUCAGCGGGCUGAAAGAGGUGAUCAAGAAGAACAAGCGGGAGCGGGAUGAGGACAGCCUGCACCACACUGACCUGUUUGACAGCCACAUGCUGUGGUUCCUGAUGCACCACCUUAGACAAAGACGCCAUCACCGGCGCCGAAGAGAACCUGGUGCCACCGACGGCGACUCGGACGAGUCCCCCAGCUCCUCCGACAGCUCGGACAAUGACGAGGAGGGCCCGGACCGGGUGCAAUGCAUGCCCUCGUGAGGCCGUGGGCGCGCAGCCCCUGCGAGGCUGGGGCAGGGGGAGGAGACGAGGAGAAAUCCCUACUAACACUUCCAGCUUUUUCUUGAAACAUAAAAGUCCCCCCCCUGUCCUCAUGGCCCUGCCCCGGGCUUAGCUCCACGACAUUGCACUUUGGCUGCCCUCAUGCCAAGGAGCAGGUGGGAGGGCGGCACAAGACCCCAGCACUGCCGGUGAGCGCCAGCCCCUGCCCCCCUGUGCUGGCUGUGUGUGCCUGGGGGGGCUGGCGGGGAGGGGGCUGUGUUUAUUUUUGUACUAGAAGAUUUCCCCCUGAGGAGAGUGCGCUUGCCUGCCACACAUGCCUCUUGCCCCAGCUUUGGUUGAGCCUGUGCUGAGUUGAUUUGUUCUUUUCUUUUUCUCCUCGAGCCACCGGUGGGAGCCCAAGUGGUGGCUGCAGCACGUGCGUGCGUGGGGGGGCACCACUGCGUGCUCUUGGUUUGUGUGUUUUUCUGCCCCCCUAGAUGAGAGCGUCUCGGGCCUGCGUCUCUGCGCGGGGCUUCCUUCUGCCUGUGUCCCGCCUGGCGAGCACCCCAUCCACCGUGCUGCAGGACUGCUCUGUGACCACUUCCUACCCUGGCGCUGGCAGAGACUCUUGCCUAGUUUGUACAUAUCAGUGAUUUGCACUUGGUUUGACUCUUCCUCCAGCUCCCCCUGGAUCCCCAUCAAAACAAAGCUAAUUAGCAAGCAGGUCCCUGCCCUUGCUGUCUGGGGGCUGGUGGAGGCCUGGGGCAAUAGUUCCCAGUUUAAGGCCCCAAGGCUGGGUCUCUGCCUCAGUCUCCAUGGAGGGGAAAACAAAGGAAAGUCCUUUAAUUUUUCUGUUACUUUUUUUGAAAAAUCUGUUUUGGGAGAUGCGGCCGAACUUUCCCAGCGCUGGUGUAGAGGCCUAAUUUUAUAUAUGUAUUAAAAAGAAAAAAAAACAACCGCGAACCAAAUCGAACUUGGAUGUUAUCAAGUUAAAAUUAUUGUAAAGGUUUAAAUAUAUAUUAUAUAUAAAUGCAAUAAAAAUAAUUGAGACACAC